CAGUAUUUAAAACCACCGAGCUAAAUCUAGGGUUGCGGUCUCCGAGCAAGGCGUCUGAAACUCUCCCCGAGGAGGAGGAAGAAAGAGCCGUCUGAGCUUGCAAAAAUGGUGAAGGGGCGCCAAGGGGAACGUGUCAGGCUCUACGUCAGAGGAACAGUCCUCGGGUACAAGAGGUCGAAGUCAAAUCAGUACCCAAACACAUCAUUGGUUCAGAUCGAGGGGGUAAACACCAAGGAAGAGGUGGCAUGGUAUAGCGGGAAGAAAAUGGCAUACAUUUACAAGGCCAAGGUUAAGAAGAACGGCACUCACUACCGAUGCAUUUGGGGCAAGGUUACAAGACCUCAUGGUAACAGCGGGGUUGUCCGUGCUAAAUUCAAGUCCAACUUGCCUCCGAAGUCCAUGGGCGCUAGAGUUAGAGUUUUCAUGUACCCCAGCAACAUAUAAGUAUGAUGAUUCAGUGAGUUCAUGCUACCUGCUGUCUCCUGUUGCAGUUCGGAGGACAUCUAGGUGCCGAGUUAUUUCGUGGUUGUGCCAGAGGGCAGAGAGAGGAACUACGUUCGGUGACACCAUGAGCUUAGUACAUUUUGUGUUAUGCAACAUAAUAUUUUGUUUUGGUCUGGAAAUGUUGAAUGUCUCUUGACCUUAUGGUUCUAAUGGAAGUGGUGAAUUUAUUGACCUCA